AUGUAUGGAAAGUAUUACUAUUUGUUUAGUUUUUCUUAUUCUUGCUUUCUUAUGAUAUUCAUCAUUGAAUCAAAAACUAUUGAUCCAAGAAGUCUAUCCUAAAUAUUUAUAUUGUUGUUGUGCUGUAACUCCUUAAAAUCGCUUACAAUUUACUCAUUUUGGGUGACAAAAAGACUGUUGUUUCUUAAAGUAAGAUACAUUGAUUCUUUAAAUCCUUUUUUGUCACUCAUGCUUAGAGUACUUGCUAAUUUUUUAGAAACUAAAUUGAAGCAUUCUUUUACUAAGUUAUUUAACUCUAACUAGCUGCUGCAGUUUUUAAAGAUAAAUUAUUUUUUACUUUCAAUCUCUCUUUUUUAUUAUUGUAUUUCUUUUUUUAUUUACUCUAGCUCAUUUGCAAAUAGGGAUUAUUGA